AUUCUCCUGUCGAACAUGUCUUCAAGCCAUAAAAGAAAACUUUGGUUAGAAGAAAACUACAACAAAAGUGGACUAAUCGGAAUUUGAUAUCCAAAGAUAUCAAAUAUCACAUACUGACAAACAUUGUGGUCUACCAAGUUGUCCAGAUUAUGGUUUGUAUUUAAGCUCUUUUCUUGUUCAAUGAAUAAACGUAUUCUAUAGAAGUGGCAGUCUCUGGACCGUCUUUCGUUUUUUUCUUUAUAAUAAUAACAAAUAAAAAUACACGACAAGAUAUGUGAAUCCAUAUAUAUCACAUAAACAUAGGCUACGUAUAUAAUAUACUUUAUAAUAUGUAUAUAACAUACUUCUGCCCACCUCAACGGAUGAGUUAGCAGUCGAACACUUCAAGUGGAAUCAUAGUCAUGGAAAAGGAUAUUACUCAGCCCAUUCUAUCCGGUGGCUGUGACUCCGGCGAUAGCAAGCGGGUACGAAUGGCUGACCCGGAAUCUACCGUUGGAGGCGAGAGCAGGCCUGUGAAACUACCAAAAAUCGAAGAGAACGGAGAUGUAGGGUCGACAUCGGAAGCAACAAAGGUCCCUGUCGAUUCACAAAUGGCUGACGUGACAAUUAACGAUCUAGAGAGAAAAACAAACGCCGGCCACGGAGUAGUCUCGGUCAUGGGACGGCAGAGAGCUAUGACAACCGCUGUUUCCACCGUCGUUAACGAGAUCCCGUCUUAUGAUAUUUUCGGAAUUUUCGACGGUCUUAGACUCGCUAAAUUUUUCGAAGAAAGGCUGCGUCGGCUCGUGAAGGAGGAGGUAACGGCAUGCCAUGGUCGUGGAGUGGAGGCAAACUGGAAUAAAGUGAUGACCUCAUGUUUUUCGGAAGCGAUGGGGACGGUGAGGUCCGCGGCUGCGAAAGCCGUGGUUACGAUUAUAGGAAAAGAAGAGGUGAUUACGCUUUGUCGUGGCGGCGCUAGGGCGGUUCUUUACUCAAACGGCGGAAUCGCUUUGCCUCUUUGCCAUAUCCAUAUUCACCAGAGUGGUGUGGAUCAGCAACUGAAGAUCCAUAAGCGAACAAUGAUAGAUGAUUUCAUAGUACUUGCAUGUGAAGGUCUAUGGAAUGUUGUCUCCGACGACGACACAUAUCAGCUUGUCAAACGUUGUCUCUACGAUAAUUUUCCAGCAGGAGGUACAAGGGAAUCGAGUUCCACAAAGGCUGCUGUAAUUUUAGCAGAGCUUGCAAUUGCUAGGGGAAGCAAAGAAAAUAUAAAUGUCAUCGUUAUUGAUCUCAGGAGUUCUACUGUUUCUUAGCCUUACUUUGUCUUCUAGUUUGUGAUGAUUCUCAAUUAUUAUUAGUUUUAUUUCCCUUUUUAUAUAGUAAGCAUGUUUUUUCCUU